AUGUCGAGCUUCGGAUUACGGAAAGGAACGAAAAGCUGCACCGAGUGCAGACGCCGAAAGGUUCGCUGCAUUCGGGCUUCCAAAGACACCGACUCUUGUCGACAAUGUGAGGAUCGCGGAGUAGCUUGCACUGUGCAGGUGUCGACAAACCUGCGAUCAUCACAAAACCCGCGGUUCUCUUCGCGACUUCGCAUCGCUCACCUCGAAUCUCAGGUCGCCCAAUUGACAAAGGUGGUUAACGAGAUUGAAUUAAAACUCAGCCAUAAGCCAUCUCAAAUUUCUCGAGCGCAAUCUGGUCAAUCUGCAAGUCCUGAUGACUCUGAAGGGGAAAGUAGUGGCCUGGACAUCCCUACGGCCGAGAAACCAUCACACCUGCGCUCGCUCUUCCAGAACGACUGGCUUAGCGCUGAUACAUGUCGCCCUGAGCAGCAAGGCCCGCAGCGCGUGGAUAAGGUCUCUGCACAGCUCGCAGUGAGUGCUCGACCAAGGCUUCAGAGCAUGAUUCCAACGAAGGACGAGGUUUCAGAUAUUGCAGCAUCUGCAUACGAUUGGCUGACCGUGCUUCAUGCAAUAUUUCCACAGCCGUUGAUGCUGAAGUCCCCACAGGAAUUGAUGGAGAGCUAUGAUUCAAUAUGUAGUGCAGAUGCAGACGUUAUCGCGUUAGCUUCGUGGCUUCUCACUCUUGCUCUUACAGCGCAACAAAUUCAUCGCGGUCGCGAACGUUCCGAUGUAUUUUUACGAAAAUGCCAAAGGCGUUUCGAACUUUGCCAAUCCAUUAUGAAUAUUGUGGAAAAUACAUUGCUCUGUCACGACCGAUUGCUGGCAAGCAGCCAGGGACUCGGAAUGGCGAUACAUUUCGUUCGACUUCAAAUUGGGCGGGGAUACUUUCAGAAAGCUUGGAUUACAUUGCGCCAUAUUAUCGCGAUUGCGGAACUAAUGGGCUUACCGAAGGUUUACCAGGCGGUACAACUUAAUCAGACAAGCGGCACGGAUGAGGCCGCGUUUCACAAAUCCCAGCUGUGGGAAGUGAUAUGCAAUGUGGAAAGGCUCUUGGGGAUGAUCCUCAAUCUUCCACCUGGGACCGCGCGGUAUCAACUCACAACUGCUUCUCCUCUCAACGUACAAGGAAGGGUUCAGCUCCCGACUUAUCUCACCAGGCUCCUAGGCAUUGCUGCUAAGGUCUGUGAUCUGGAUGAGCCUGCUGGCGCACAGGGGCCCAGUAUGAAGACACAGACGGCUGCUCUGGAGAUGGUCCGAGCUCUCGGUGAACUUGCCAACCAGGCACCAGACGCAUGGUGGGCAGGCGACGAUCGAGACCACAUCAUGCCUGACGAUAUCGUGCAAUUUAUGCAUUGCUGUGCUGUCAUGAGAAUAUAUUUUCCCCUUGCAAUGCACCAGAACCUAGGAGACGAAUUUGUGUAUGCCCAGCUACCCUGUAUGAAUGCUUGUGAAUCGGUGGCGCGACGAUAUUUAUCACUUCGGAGAAAGCUACCCGCAGGGUUGUUCAUGUCUCAAAUGUUAGAUCUGCAGGCCCUUACUGCAGCGGCUGUCCUCCUGAUCCUUUCUCAUCACAUCUGUGCUACAGAUCGUCCUGGAUUCCGUGUUAAUGUACGACACCUUCACGGCGUGGUCGCCGAAGUAAUGAACCUCAUCGGGGAAAGAUCCAAGGACCCCACCAAUUCGCAACUUACCGUGGAGGCGUUCAAUACACUUCGCGCACUGAGCCAGCUUCUUCGACAGGAUGACCACAUAUCCGAGGUGCAGAGGUUAACAGUAACAGUGCCAUUGCUAGGGAAGAUACAUAUCCGACGUAAUCCCCGCCCAUUACGGCAAUCCGGCGUAUCUCACCAGUCAUCCCAGUUAGCGGCGAGCGCUAACGCUCAAAAGUGGAAUGUGAUCCAACCUUCCCUACGGAAUCAAUCUUUACCCAAUACAAACACUCCAAUGAACGAGGCGGGUCCGACGCCCGAGGAAUUACUGUUGGAUGAUCUUUCGUGGUCAAUCGAAGACACUUUUGAUAACCUCUUGGAGGGUGCUUUCUUGGCAGAAAGUAUGGAUCAGCCGAGCUCGUGGCAGGGCAUGAAUUUUUGA